AGCACAGCCAAUAGUUAUUAGUGCAAUGAGAGUUGGUCCAGCGUACUUUGAGGGCGUCGCAGACGAAAUUGGGGCCUGCGCACCUGUAUUGACAGGGUCCGUUAUGGAGCUGCAGUCACGCUCUCCUUUGCUCAAGGCGCGGUCACCGACCCCCAAGCCACUCGUUACCCAUAUCGCUGACUUCACUCAGCUGUCACUGACUUGCCUAGACGCCGCGUACUCGGCAUGUUGUAAGCACGUCGUAUGUGCUGCUCGGAGCAGGCUGCACCCUGCUGGCACAUUCUUCCCACCAUUCCAAUCAUUGUCGACCUGGACAGACCUGAUUUGGUACUGCAUGGAGCAGUCGGUGUCCGUCCCCAGCAAGAAAGGCUGCGUGCGGCGGAGCUUCUUGACAUGACAGGAACGGACUUGUGCGAACAGACGCGCUAUCGUGGGCUGGAUGGUUGAUU